GAUUUCUAAUGAUGGAAAAAGUUUCUAUUCAUACUACACUUGCCAAUUUACCAGAUCAUUGAAAAAAGUAGCUGAAAGAAAGACUAGUAGAAAAAAUGUAAAAGGAGUUAUACCUACCGAUGUAGCUUGUAUGGCCCGAAUAAUCUGUUGUGAGAAACCAGAUGGAAUUGCUGUUCAGUACUUUUCUAACCAUAAUCAUGCAUUGAGCGAAGAAAAUAUUAAGUUCCAACAUCUUAAGAAGACAUUUCGAAAUUUUGUUAAGGCAAGUGCUCAACUAGGAAUCCCAGCUUCUAAGGUUAUUGAUAGUGUUCGAGUUGAUCGGAAUAUGAGAGAUGAAAAUGAUUUAAUUAUUAAGGAGUCACUUCUUACGAACAGUAAAUUAAAAUAUUAUUAUGAUACUGUCAGGUCCUCUUCAUUACUUCAUAAAGAUGAUGCAAUGGCUGUCCAUCUUUUGGUAAACAAUAUGACGCAGUGGAAAUAUAAUCCUGUCCUCUUGUAUAAACCUCAAUUUCAAGAUGUUGUUUUAGGUCCUACGGAUGUAAAAAUUAACUUACCCCAAGAUUCAUUUGUUUUAGGUAUACAGACAGCCCAACAAAACAAAAUGCUGAAAAUUAAUGGUAACAAAAUUUUGUGUAUUGAUUCCACACAUAAAACUAAUGAGCAUGAUUUUUAUUUACUUAAUUUAUUGGUCCAGGAUGAAUAUGGAUGUGGUUAUGCGGUUGCACAUUUUAUUGUUAGUAAAUUAGAUAAAGAUAUAAUGAUUUGUUGUUUUACCAGCAUUAAAGACAGGGUCCAAGACUUACAGGUAUCAAAUAUUAUGACAGAUGAUGACAAGACUACUGGCCCUGCAUUUCAGAUAGUUUUUGGCAGUAAUAUUCACCAUCUUUUAUGCAAAUGGCAUAUCCAUAGGGCUUGGAAUAGGAAAUUAAAUUCUUCUGUUUCAGAUAUAACAAUGAAGAAAGAAAUAUAUGCCUGUUUAGUUGCUAUUCUAGAAGAGCCAUCCAUUAAUAAAUUUAAUGAUAUGAUAGAUUAUUUCAAAAGAAGAUAUAUUGUCAAGGCACCUAUAUUUGUUAAUUACUUUAUUGAUAAUUAUUGUACGAAAGAUAGAAGACCUCUCUGGAGUAUGUGUCAUCGUCAAUUUCCGCAUGCGAAUACUGACACAAAUAUGUACUGCGAAUCUUUUCACAAUAAAUUAAAGACACAUUAUUUAAAGCGUAAAUUCAAUCGAAGGGUAGAUGUUUUAAUAAAUACUUUAUUAAAGAUAGAAGAAGAUACAUAUUCAGAGCAUACGUUAAAGAAGACAACGGGUAUUCCGCACUGUUCAUACCCUCCUACAUAUUAUAAGCGACAUUAUGAUGGAAUGAAGAUAAAAGACGAAGAUGUUGAAAAAAUUACAGAAAAUACCUGGCUAGUGAAGUCUCAGAAUAAUAUUAAAAUUAAGUAUGAAAUAGCAAAACUUAGGGAAGAAUGUCUUAGUAUUAGUGAGUGUUACACAAAGUGUAUUAAAUUGCCCUGUUUAAAUCUUUGUAUGCAUAUGUAUAAAUGUGAAUGCCUAGAUAAUCAUCCUAUUUGCAAGCAUAUACAUAAAAUACAUUCUAUAAGUUUCCGACAAAUCCCAUUCAUUGAGCUUAGUUCAAAAGAAGACAUUGACACAGAUGAAGACAAAAAGACAGCACCUUUACCAAACCAUAUUUUAAAGGAUGUUAAAGCAAAUGAUGAUGAAAUAGAAGAAUCUUUACAAGAGCAUGAAUCAAGUAUAAAUGUUAAAGUAAAUGCAAAUGAAAAUAGAGAGUUGGUUUUGACAAAUAUUACUUUGGGCCACUCAGAAUUCCCUCCUACCAUUGUAGGCUCAAAAGGGACAGCUUUUAAUUCUUAUUCGGAUGUGGAGGCUAAAAUGAAAGAAAACAGUAUUUUGUUGACUAGGUUAGGUAGUUUAGUACAAGAUAAGACUAUUCAGAGCACCAUUUUACCAUUCAUAAAUAAUAGUUUAAAAAAUUUGAUUUCUUUAUGUGAGGGAUUGCAAGGGCAAGAUAAACUUAAAAAACUGCAGAGUUUUUCUCCUACAUUGAAUAUUUCACCCAAUCGACAUUUAGAUAAGCAAUUAGUUUUUAAGCGUACGUCUAGAAAACCAAAGCGAAAGGCUGUUGGAUAUCCUAAUGAUUUUCUUAAAAGAUUAGCUCGCAAUUGUUUAGACGAAGAUAAUUCUAUAUUUAUUGAUAGUAAAGAUGAAGUGUGCAAGAAAUUAACAGGUUCUUUUACUCCCAAAAUGGAUUAUGUUUCCAACUAUAGUGAGAUAGUUUUGCGUGUAUCUGAUAUACAACUGCAUUUUUAUGAAAUUAAAUCUUUAGACCCGUUCAUAUCUGAAAGAGAGAUUGAAAAUUUAGUAAAAUCUUCAUCGAUUUUUGUUAGGGGUUGGUUGUAUGACAGUAUUAUUGAUGCCUUUAAUUCCAAAAUUUUGCAGGAUAAAAAUUCAUUAGCAGCCUCUUGUAUGCAUUCUCAAGUCUUAAUUAGUGGGGGUAGUCUUGCCAAUGCUUUUAAUUUAAAUAAACUACAGGGGCGUGAUUAUUUGUUUAUACCAAUUAAUUUAUAUCAACACUGGGUUUUAUUAGUUGUUAAAUUAAGACAGCGUAAGUUUAAUUUCUAUGAUCCUUUAGGUUUUGGGAAUGAAGAUCGGUACAUUACAGUUUUGGAUUUGUGGAGGGCCCAAUUAAAUAUUAUAAUGUCAGAAAGUAACCAAUGGCCUGUCUUUUAUCCUUUCCAUACAAAGCAGGAAGAUGCAAUGAAUUGUGGUGUAUUUAUUUCAUAUUUCAUUAGUAGACUGUUAGAUAAUAAAAAUGUAACUGAUAAAUUUAACACUGUAGAAUUUCGUCGUUAUAUGUAUGCUAUAAUUUCAGGUAAUUGUUUAAGUAAUGUUAGGUACACUCCAUCAGUCGAAUCUAUUUCAUGUAGUACAUGUAGGCAGGGCCAUAUGCAUUAAUUAGAUUUUAUUUAUAGUAUCAUAAAUUAAUUAUAAGAUUACACUAAAAUAUUAAGGUGAUUAAAGGCUAUUUUUUUUUAUUAAUGUUAUUGAUUUUAUUAACAGUGAUUCACCAUUUAUGUUUCAUCUAAAUAUAAUGCGAGGCAGAGCAAUCCAUAUUUAGUUGACUAUAGGCCUUCUUAAUUAUAAAUAUUAAAGGAACUUUAAUUUUAAGUUGCAAAACUCUUCAGGUUGUGUUAAAAGUAUUAAGUAAUAUUUGUCCAUUGUUAUUUGGGAUAAGAUAGAUGGUGAUUUGCUGUAUGGUGCCAUAUCCAUUACUUAAAAGCAAUUAAUUGGUUAGUAUCUUUUGGUUAAUAAUAGUUAUAAGUUAAUAUCUUUUUUAGUUUAAAAUUUUUUGUUGGUAGUAAAUAUUAUCAAUGGUUAUGGCACAAAAGGAAUAUAUGCCUCCUGGGGAACCCGCCUUGCUACAUGCUGUUAGGUUGUUCCAUAUCGGGUUAUAAUAAUUUUUAUCCGAUUUAAUGUUAAUUAACUAUGUAAUUUUAAGUCUUUUAAUUUACGGGUUAAAAUUUAGUGAGCAUUAAGAAAUAUUUUGAUCAUUUUGCUUUUUGUGGAAGAUUAUUUUUUAUUUAUGGGAAGGCAAAGUUCUGUAAUUUUGGGAUAUUUUUAAAUAUAUAUGGAACUGCCUAAUAAAAGGGGUCAACGCAUCUGUAUAACCAUACCCCCUGGGUGAUGUGGAAACUGGUUACUAAUUGCUUUGUCUUUUUUUUUUCAUGCCUACGGAGAGGACCUUUUGGAGACCUUGGAGAUAGCAGCUAUUCUUCUAGUCAACUGUUCUACAAAAUCCACUGUCCAGUAUCUGUAUUCUGUGAUAAAAGUUUGAUCCAUAGGAAGAAAUAUUCUAAUUUUUGUAAAGAUGUUCAUUCUUAACUUUUGUACUCAAUUUCAAAUGGAGAAAAUUAUUACAAUGUGAUUUUUGUAUAAUAAAUAUAUCUUUGUUUGAUUUUUAUGCAAAAACGA